GAAAAAGUUUUAGGUUGUUUACAAAUUGCUGUUGCAGAAUAUAUCGUUUAUGCAAUUCGAAAAAUAUAGAAAAUAGCAAUGAAAGAAAAAAACUAAAGGUAUUUUUAUUUUUAUUUGAUAUAAAUAAUAUUUUGUUUUUAAAAAAGGUAUUCGUCGGAAAACGAGAAUUAAUAUAAUAGGUCAUUCUCUUGGUGGUACGCUUCCUCGUUUUUCCCUUCGAUUUUGGCCAGAUAUUCGAUCAAUGAUAAAUCAUUUAAUUGCAUUUGGACCAACAAAUCGUGAAACAAUAAUGGCUGAUGCAGCGUGCAGUGUUGUUCGAUGUCCUAUUGCUGUUAUUCAACAACGAAUAAAUUCUUCAUUUCUUUAUGCAUUAAAUUCUUAUAAAGAAACAUUUCCUCCAAUUAAAUAUACAAAUAUAUCAUCAGAAUUUGAUGAACUUGUUCGACCACUUAAUAGUAGUGAAAUAAAUGCUCAAUGUGUUAAAAAUAUUUCUAUUCAAGAUAUUUGUCGAUUAAGAAUAUUUGCUGAACAUCUUGCAGCUGGAAUUUAUGAUUAUUGUGGUUAUAUAUUAACAAUGAAUGCAUUAAAUUCACAAUCAUUUUAA